GCGUCUGCCGGCGCGCGUCAGUCAGUCGGGGUCCUGGGCUGACGCCGCUGUAAUUGUUGGGCCCGCGCUCGUGCUCCAGCUGCCGCCGGUCUUCUUUGCAGCGCCCGGCGCCCACCCGAUCCCGGCCCGGCGGCCGCUGCGCCCUCCUUCCGGCGCCAUGUCGCAGAGCGGGACACCCGGACUACAGGAGGAGAGCCUGCAGGGCUCCUGGGUGGAGCUGCACUUCAGCAGCAAUGGGAAUGGGAGCAGUGUCCCAGCCUCAGUUUCUAUUUAUAACGGUGACAUGGAAAAAAUCCUGCUGGAUGCCCAGCACGAAUCUGGACGGAGCAGCUCCAAGAGUUCUCACUGUGACAGCCCCCCUCGCUCACAGACCCCGCAAGAUACUAACAGAGCGUCGGAAACAGACAGCCACAGCAUUGGAGAGAAAAACAGCUCCCAGUCCGAGGAGGAUUACAUUGAGAGAAGGAAAGAAGUGGAAAGCAUCUUAAAGAAAAACUCAGACUGGAUAUGGGAUUGGUCAAGCCGGCCGGAAAAUGUCCCCCCCAAGGCGUUCCUGUUCAAGCACCCGAAGCGCACGGCCACCCUCAGCAUGAGGAACACGAGUGUCAUGAAGAAGGGGGGCGUGUUCUCGGCCGAGUUCCUCAAAGUCUUCCUGCCGUCCCUGCUGCUCUCGCACCUGCUGGCCAUCGGCUUGGGGAUCUACGUGGGCCGGCGCCUGGCUGCUUCCAGCACCUUCUGAUGCAGACUGGGGACCGGCCUCGGCAGGAGCCGGCAGCACCACCGCUGGGUACUGUCUCGGUCCUUGGUGGCUGCACCGCUUGUUCAUUUGUUCUGUAAAUGCUGCGUCCCUAAUUUAGUGAGAAGAAGGCUAGACACUGAACCACACUAACCUGUAAUCCAUACCUAUGGGAUCAAUCAGUAAGCAUGUCACAGGAAUAUCCACUCAACCACCUGGUGGUCACUUUCCUUUGGACACCAUAGACACCUGAGCAUCCGUAAUUAACGUGCUAGUUAUGAUGGAGCAUUUUACCACCAGUUACCUGUAACCUUAAUUCGGUUAAAACACUUUGUAUCUCGAAAGAACGAGUAACGUUGAUGUUAAAAUGACCACGUGAAGGGUUUAUCCCACAUAAAUAUUGUGGCCUUAUAUUCACACGUGAGUAGGAAAUGCUGUGAGUAGAUGCAGGUUGGCUGCGGAAGCUUAGUUCCCUGCUAAUUGUCCUUGGUUGAUAACAAGUGCAGCCCCGGUACAAUGUAGGCUCCCGUUACCACGCAGACACAGGCCUGCCGGCUGUUGCAGGCUGACUGACGACUGGUUGUGACCACCUCGGACGCGUGUAGGACACCUGCUAAGUACCUCCCUUGCUUCCCACUCUAGAUGCUGAAUUGCGGCUUGUCUGUGUUCAAUUUUUGUGUGCUGUUAGAAUCAGCUUCAUUCUAAGCAAAUCUGUGUUUACUUUAAAAGACUGGAAAUAGGAAAACAAUAAACCUUCGCCAAAUCCUUUAGAGGUUACUGUAUUUGCAGAUGGUUUCAAAUGAAAUGCCAUAAAAGCUUUUUGAUUAAACCAGG